AUGCUGAGCGGAUCCCGGGUCCUGGCUCCGGCCGCCGGGCAGCCCCUAAAGGGGGCGUCGGCGAUGAGCCCCACCGAGCCGUGGCCGCCCGGCCUCAGCAGCCCUCAGCUUGGCCCGGCCACCACCACCAGCACCUACUACACCGCGCUGUACCCGCAGACGGUGCCUCCCGCUGCGGCCGCCGGCACCUGCCUCGACACCACCCCGCACGGACCCGAGGGCCAAGCUGUCCGCUGCGUCCCCGCAGGCCGGCUGCCGGCCAAGAGGAAGCUGGACCUGGAGGGCAUCGGGAGGCCUGCGCUCCCUGAAUUCCGAAGUCCCAAGGGGAAGUGCAUCAGCGUGGAGGGGCUGCCCAGCCCCAAGACGCCCAAGUCCCCCGGGGAGAAGACGCGAUACGACACGUCGCUGGGGCUGCUCACCAAGAAGUUCAUUUACCUGCUGAGUGAGUCGGCGGACGGGGUGCUGGACCUGAACUGGGCGGCGGAGGUGCUGGCCGUGCAGAAGCGGCGCAUCUACGACAUCACCAACGUGCUUGAGGGCAUCCAGCUCAUCCGCAAGAAGGCCAAGAACCAUGUCCAGUGGGUAGGCAGGGGAAUGUUUGAAGACCCCACCCGGCCCGGGACGCAGCAGCAGCUGAGGCAGGAGCUGAAGGAGCUGACGAGCACGGAGCAGGCCUUGGACCAGCUCAUCCAGAGCUGCUCUCUGAGCUUAAAGGACCUGACCGAGGACAAGGCCAACCAGAGGCUGGCCUACGUGACGUACCAGGACAUCCGUGCUGUCGGCAACUUCAAGGAGCAGACGGUGAUCGCAGUGAAGGCGCCGCCCCAGACGAGACUGGAAGUGCCCGACAAGACCGAGGAUAAUCUGCAGAUAUAUCUGAGAAGCACCCAAGGGCCCAUCGAAGUCUACCUGUGCCCAGAGGAGGUGCAGGAGCCGGACAGUCCUGCCACGGAGCGCCUCCCCUCCCCCGCCCGCAGCCCCAGCCCUGACUCCACCCAGCCCAGCAGGGGCACCAGCCCUGGACGGGAGGAACCCACGUCAUCCUCAGCGCCAGCGCCGGUUCCCCAGCAGGUCCCGCCGCCGCCGUCGCUCGUGCCCUUGGAGGCCACCGACAGCAUGCUGGAGCUGCCGCACCCGCUGCUGCAGCAGACCGAGGACCAGUUCCUGUCCCCGAGCCUGGCCUGCAGCUCCCCGCUGAUCAGCUUCUCCCCGCCCUUGGAGCAGGAUGAUUACCUGUGGAGCCUGGAUGGGGGCGAGGGCAUCAGCGACCUCUUCGACUCCUACGACCUGGGGGACCUGCUGAUUAACUGAGUGGCCCUGCCUGCCGCCAGCAGCCCGCCCCUGUCUCUACCUCCUCACAUCGGACUGACCGGCCUCCUGCUCGCACGGGUCUGGGGGUCUCCUCCUCUCCUCUCCCACCUCCCGUCAGCGGAAGCAUCUGGGGAGAUGUGGAGGCUGGGGGUGAGGAGGGCACCAGGGGUUGGGACCUGUCCUUCCCAAAGGAAGUGGGUGGGGCCUUCUGACCUCUGACCUCUCGUGAAGGACCACAGGUGAGGCCUCCCUGCUUCCUUUUGAGGGGCGACGCGGACCCUCAGUUUGUUGAGAAUCCUGUAUUUAUUUCUGGUUGAGUUUGUGCUCCCUGAGUUUUGGCAGGGGGAUUGUUCUAGCUUCUACUAAGACCUCUCAGACAGGUUCUUCCCUGGCCCCUGGCCACUGACAGGCCUGGGCUCCCAGGGCUUCGGGCCCCCUCCCCGGUUCCCCCGCUGCCGUGGGGGCUGGGUCUCGGCUGCCAGCACUAAUUGCACUCGGGCCUCAUAAAUCUAGCACCGGGCCGCUGGCGUCUCCACCGCUCUGUCUCAUGUCUGUAGCUGAGGCCCUGGCCUGGGGUUCCAGGGUCCUUCUCAGGGCAGGUGCAAAGGGGGACAGGCAGCUGAGGGGCCACGUUCCUGUGGGAUUCCCCCCUCCUGCCUCCCCUGCCGAAGAACCUUCCAGGGGCCCUGGUCCAGGGGCCACGACACACUGAGGUGUCUCCACCAUGGGGAAGGGGGAGAUUGAAACAAACCAGCGCCUCCCUGGGAGCCUUUGGCUGCCAUGUUUGCACGGGGGGCUACUUGAAGACCCUCCCCUUCCCAGCCCACCCCCAGGGUAGAGGUAGCUUGGUGGUCUUUCAGGGAUGCCCAGCGGGUAACAGGGAGGGCCCCCCCUGCAGACUGGGCCUCGGCGGGGACAGGGGUGACAGGGAGACAGCUCGUGGUACCCCUGUAGGCUGGGAGGCCCCUGAAGUCCUCUGGCUGCACCCCAUUCCCCUGAGUCUUCCCUGUGGCCCAGCCGUGGGCAGGGGUGCUCUGGGCCGAGCCAAGGCUGUGCCUUCUGGGGACAGACAGCCAAGGGUGGUGGGCCGAGAGGCCCCCCGCCCAUCCUCAGGGAUCCGGGUUUCCUCCGGUGCUCAGUGGGGCAAGCACUGUUGUUGUGUGAAGUUUGUAGCAUUAACUUGGUUUAAAAUAUGAAGCAAGCUCCAGUGGGUGGCUCCUGAGUUGACUGGCUCAGCUGAAGUUGGGGAGGUGGGCUUAUCCAGGCUGGGACCCCAUGUAAGUGGGCGCCUGGCUGGGGGCAGCCUUGCCUUGUCCCUGGCCCCACUUCCUGGGCCCCCAAGUUCACCUCCUCCCAGGAGGGGUCGGCAGGUCACAGCUGCCCCCACUGUGGAAAUGGCACUGAUUUUGUAAGCUUUCCAGAAAUGCCUGCGACUCCCCUCGGCAGACACGAAAACCCAGCAUACCCGGGCAAGGCAGGAGCUGUCCCCAGGUGUCCCCUGGGCUGCCCCUUGGCCACGGUCCACCUCUGAGGACAGAGAUGUUGGACCUCCACGCCUUGGGCUCUGGGUGGACUUCAUGCUGUCUCCCCACACGCCCAGCCAUGGAGCCGAGCCGGACAGGGCAGCGCCUCUGCUGCGGGGCUGCACGCCCUCGGCCAAGGUCAGGCGUGGUGUGGGGAACAACCUCCUGCCUCUUUCUGGCCGUAACCCUGGAAGCCUCCAGGUCCCACGAGCGCUGUGAGGCCGCAUUUUGGGCAGUGGUCCCUUUAGGGGCCACGUGAACUUCCCAGCGAGGGCAGGAGGAAAGCCAAGUUCCUUCCGAAGAAAAAAAUGACUUCCGCCAGCAAAUGUCGCAGCCCCACCAGCAGCCCGUGGGGCUCCCAGGGACAUCAAAGGCUCAGAGGCCUAGGGAACCUGGUAGCACUAAAUUCUUAAGACCGGGGUGUGCUCCUGAGCCCCUCGCCCAGAAGGGGGUGAAAUCGAGGACCAGAGGGACACCAGAGCACUGUGUGUCUGUGGUCCCGUGGCUGCUGGCCAGGCUGCGAGGUGGGGGGACAGGGUGGGGCUGAGAGCACAGGUUCCAGGGUGUGGGUUUAACUCCGCCCUCUCCCCCCCACCCCACCCCCCUGUGUGUGCAGCCUCGGUUCUGGGGUAUUUAGAGUUUAGUGAGAGUUUGGCUGCUCUAGCCUCCUGGGGACACGUCACUUAGCACAUCUGAAGCAGAAAGCUUUUGGGGUUGUUUGGAAGUUUCCUGGUCCUUGUUGCAUCCUGAGGUCCCCACCUCCUCCUGGGACCCCGUGUCCCACAAGGACCCUUGGCGACCUGGGUGGCCACCAGCCUGGCCAGCCCGCUGGCUCCUGGGUGGGGUGAAGAAGCUGGAAGCCGUGGCACAUUUGUCUCGGGUGAGCUGGGCCAGGACUCCAUACGGGUCAUUUGCGUCCAGCCUGGCUUCACCCUGGGCCCCGCCUCCCCGAGCUCCAUGGAAGCCUUGUGUUGUGAUAAAAUGGCAUUAAAC